AUGUGUAGCAUCCCCCUUGGACCGCUCUUGGUCGUCUUGUUCUUUUCCCGUCGUAAGGGGAUUAUUUAUCCGAAAUUGAUCGAUGUUGCAGUUUUGGUAAGCGGGAAUCUCACAGAAGGCUUGGAGCAAUACUUUGGGAUACCUGACGAAAACGAAGUAGAACGGAGGCCAGCAACUGGUGGUGAGAUCACUCAUGCCAGGAAAGAAGUGACGCCAGCUACAAGCCCUUCUGGGAGGACCCAGGCUUACAUUGGUCUCAUUACCGGGGUUCUGGCUGUGGUCGUGCUCCUCCUGGGCUGCACCGUCAUCCUCAUGAUCCGCCGGGGAAGGAAGAAGGUCGCACUCCUCCACAAGCACCAGGCUCUUGGGACGAAGCCCGGGGUCACCAUCAACAUGAAGGAGCUCAAGAUGUCCACUCCCAUCAUCAACAAGGGCUCUGUGAGGCCCAAACCCUACGGCCACAUGCCUGGCGAAGAGUCCGAGGACUCGGAGAACUCCUCAGUCUACCACGAGCCCUACAAACUACUGUCCUCAAAUAAGCAAGAGUAUGGCUCGCUCAUCAAGAAAGAUACUAUUACUACUAGCAAGAGUGCCGAAUACAACACAGGUCUAUGCCGGUCACUGGACUUCACUAGCGUGAACAACUUUCAAGAAGAGGUCAAGUUUUCCUCGCCUUCGCUGUACAACCUGACGCCGCCCCCUCCCCCCGCCUCCAGGCCACCGCCCUACGAGAUCUCGACAAACUUCAACUCCACCCUUGGCAAACCGCAACCCUUGGAGAACUAUUACGCUGCAACAGACAUUGUCAAGACUGAGAGGCGAGAGCAGCACCUGACACCUGGCAAGUUCACACCGUUGAAGCUUCCUGACGGCAGCCCUGAAGAACCACCCAACAUACUCGAGGUGUCGCGCCACAGGCUGAGGGUCAUCGAGAAGAUGGGUGAAGGUGCCUUCGGGAUGAUCCAUCUAUGCGAAACCGAAGGGGUGCCAGAAUACAACGGGAUGACAUCAUAUCACAAAAAACAAGUAAUUGUGAAGUCAGUAUGGAGAGGAUGCAGUGAAAGCACAAAGAAAGAGUUCGUCCGUGAGAGCUCAUGGAUGGCGACGCUGCGGGACCCUAACGUUGCCAGGGUAGUUGGAAUCUGUUCCCAGGAGGAACCGUUCUGUCUUCUCCAGGAGUACUGCGAGUUUGGGGAUCUACCUACGUUCCUCCAGCUCCAGUCUACCUCUCCGGAUGAGGAGAAUCCAGCCCUCAGCUACGGUUGCCUCAUCUACAUGGCAACUCAGGUCGCCUCGGGAAUGAAGUUCUUGGAAUCUCUCGACAUUCCCCACAGGGAUUUGGCAGCGAGAAACUGCCUAGUCGGUAAGAGCUACCAUAUCAAAGUCUCCGACCACGCCAUGUACUGCAACAAAUACGAGUCCGAUUACUACCUCAGUGAUACCAAAGCUAAGUUACCAAUCAGGUGGAUGGCAUGGGAGAGUCUCUUGCUGGGAAAGCAGAGUACGAAGAGCGACGUGUGGUCGUUCGGAGUGACACUGUGGGAGCUGCUGACGGUGUGCGGACAGAAACCCUUCGGGGAGAUGACCUCGGAGCAGGUGGUGGAAAACUGUAACCACUGGUAUGAAGGGACAGGCCAGCAGCGGCUGCUCGCCAGGCCCAGCAACUGCCCGCGCGAGAUCUACGACCUCAUGACCGAGUGCUGGAAGCGAUCCGACGCGGACCGACCCAGAUUCGCAGAGAUGCACCUCUUCUUGCAGAGGAAGAAUCUCGGCUACGUUCCGGCCAUCGCCUGAUCCGACCCGGAGCUUCCGUCUCUUUUCGAGUUGUCCUUUCGUUUCUAGCGCGUGUCAUACCCCAAUCAGUGUUUGUACAAAAGUCUUAAUGAAAGCUUGCCAAGAAAACGUAACUUGGAGAAACUCAACAAUGUAAAAUUCAGAAGAAUUGACUUGAAAUUCAAUAAAUAUUCAAAGACAUAUAAUCCAAUAGUGUUCGACUUGGUAAGUCUUUCGUUAGGGCUAUUAUAUUAUUCAAUAAAAUGAUAAUAGAUGGAUAAUUUUUGUUUUUUGGAUAGAAUGAAAUAUUUAAGAAAAAAAAAAUACAAAAAUACAAAAAAAAUAUAAUAAUACUUAAACAAUAUGAUUCGCGUUAUUCAUUGUCGAGAACAUAAGUAGGCCUAUCUACAAGUUAAGACUCACUCACUCCAGUGUCUUUCUUGAAGUGAUGGGGGCAGAGAAUUUCGAAUCCCCCCCAUAAGCACGGAUAGUGUACAGCACCGCUUAAAUCUAUCAUUUGUGUAAUCUAUGUAUUUAUUGUCUGUCUGUCUGUCCUACUGUACAUUGCCCGAUGGGCCGAACAGUUUCUCUGUUUGUGGAGCCUUUUAUCAAACAAAAAAAUAUAUUUAAAAAAAUACUAAAAUAAAAAAAAAGUUUUUUUACAAAUUCUAAGAUUCUAAAUAAAUGAAAGAAAGUUUUAAUCUAAUGUAUAAAUAACGAAAAACAUAAAAGAGAAUGAAGUGUUAAAAUGAAAAAAAAAAUACAUUAAAUAAAUAUAUAUAUAUAUUUGUAUUUCUUCUGUAAGCAUAUGUGUGUUUGUAUGAUGAUUGUACGUACUGAAUUGGAUAAACAGAGACUGGAUAUAAUUCAGCUGCUCAAAUAUGUUGAAGCAAAUUUGAGUGACGUUUUCUGUCAUAUCUGUCUGUAAGGUUACAUUGACUAUUAUGUGUAUUUAAUAUUUUAGACUAAUCCUCAAUGAAUUUUUUUAGUGUUAACACUGAUAUCUCCUUAUAGUUUCACAUAAGUGUAUUGAGAUUUUUUAAAGAAAAUGAAAUCUGGUUCUUCCUUAAAGAUUACUUAACGAUGACCUAUGGAUAGCGUAAAAUGUAAAAAUAUAUAUGUAAAGAUAAAUCUCUAAUGAAUCCUAUUUUUAUCUUAGAAAUGGUUUGACACAACCGGAACGGAGGGAAGCCAGAAGGACUUUGAAAAAUGAUUUUUUUCAAAGCGGAAACUCGUUUUGAGUUUCUACAUUUUUCCAGUCCUGGCUGGUUGUUCAUUAAUUACCGAGCUCUAGAAGCUUUUUAUAAAUAAUGAAAUUCGACCAAAUCAGAUUGAAUAUUCUUUCUUUUCUAUACAUAAAUAUAUAGAAUUAUCUUUUUUUACAAAAUAUUUCUUUGUUGUUACUUGUACAAAAGUAAUAUUAAACAAAAAAAAAAAUUAAAGUUGAUAUGUAUAUAAUCAUUAGUAUAUAGUUUUAGAGUAUUAUUGACGCCUUGUGCAUUUUUUUAUUUAUAAUUUUUUUUAUAAUUUGAUUUAAUACUUAUUUUUCGACUGGCUGAGUUAUUCACUGCAUGUAGUGUGUAUAUAAACAAUUAGGCUUAAGGAUGUUUGUUUAUGAAAUAAUUCUAUAAAACUCAUCGUAGCUACGUGAUACAUUCCAACGAACCAUCUAGAGCACUAAAGGUGUCUUGGCUGAAAUCGCCGUUAACACAUUUGUAAAUUAUCUGUUUUUUGAAAUAUUUUUUUUCGUUUCCUCUCUUAAUCGUAUUUCUGAUACAAUAUAAAUUCUUUAUGUCAUGUAUGUAAUGUGAUCGUUGUUGGUUCAGAUUAGAAGCUGUUCCCGUAAUUUUUUUUCUCAGUGUUUCGUUAUUAAGUAAUAGGUUGUUAUAUAUGUGUAACCUAGAAGUCGAAACGGUGUACAAAUAUUGCGGGAGACAUGGCAUCACGAUAGAAGAGCAACCGGCAAGCUAGAAUUCACAUAGACAGGGAACACGGCAUUUGAAUUUUCAUACAUAGCUGUAGUACACUUCAAAAUGUUCUCAUUGAACUGGUUACAUAAAAAAAAAGGAUAAAAAAAGCAAUAAUGUUCAAUGUAUUCCAUUAAAUUUUAAGAGUGUUUGUAAUUUAUAACUAGACAGAAUUUUAAUAUCGAUGGUGUAUUCGUUUUUUCUCAAAGUAUAAUUUUAUUGUGAUAAUUGUUAAUAACGUUUAAAGUAACUUGAAGUUUAAAAAAAAACAAAAAAAAAAAUUGAUUUUUCGUCGUUCUUUAAAAGAGAUGUUUCUUCACUUUUUAUCUGGGUGUCCUUUAUGUAUUUUGCACUGGAUCUAAUGUUAUCGAAUAUUCAAUAUAUAAUGUACAUACACAGGCAUAAUCAGAGCUAAUAUAUUUAUUAAGAUCUACUCAGAUAAACUUUUGUGACUAUCGACUUUUGAGUAUCUGGUCCCCGACGCCUACAGUCAAAUUUAUUUUGUCGUCAGUCGGGUGAUUUCUUCAGGCGUAUUUCUUCCAUCGCCCUACUUUCCCCUCGGCCCGAAUACUUGAUGGAUUUUCAUUCAUCUUUUUUUUCUACCCAUUUUCCCUGAAGGAUUUAUUUGUUUUCCUAUAAUUUCAGCUGCGCCCUCGAGUAAAUCUCCUCUUUCCCAUAGGCAACAAAAGGAAUAUACCACUGAAUUUCUAAACGGAUGAAAAAACGAACAUUUUUAGUGUUAAGAGAUAUUUCAUUGUGAUGUUUCCAUAUCGUGAAUAUUGUCAAGUGAAUUGUUGUCUAAUACGAACAGUAUUCUUUAUUAGAUAUUUGUAUUAUAAAUCUUACGUGAGAGAUGUAUCUCGUUUCAUCUGAUCUAUAUGACUGCCUUGACGCUGUUGCUUUGGAACAUUAAGAGAAGAUGUGAUUCUUGUCAGUAUUUUUGAAAAAAACAGAAAACAAACAUAAAUAAAGAAUGAAUCGAGCAUCUGAGCAGUCAUCGUUUUUUUACUAGCUUGUAAGUCAUAGUGGUUAAGGUGAUUGUAAAAUUCGUUUGUGUUUUUUCGAUAAUUUCUGAAAUUUUACUAAUAUUUUAAUAUAAAUAUAUAAUAUAUAUUCUAAAGCUCAAUUAUCAGCGCAAUUUGCUCACAUAUCGAUACAAACUUAUUUACUAGAAUGUAAAGAUCGUUGUUAUCUUGUUAACUUUAGUGAUUAACAGUUAAGGUGUUAAGUGAGAGAGAUAAUUUAUAUUCAAUAAUUAUUCAUUUUCUAUUUUACAUCUAAUGUUUAUUAGUGUUUUAGUGCUGUUCGUUUUUUCAUCUAGAACUAUUUCAGCAGCGCUUUCUUUAUUCUUUAAGAAAGUAUAUUAUUUAAAAAAAAAUUGGUUAUUAUUUUUUAUUAUUACACUAGAUUCCUUCCACUUGAUUUAAAUAAUGCCUCCAUUUCGAUCCGAAGGAAGGCGCUGCGCAAACGCGGCGGGGACCAGAGUACUAACUGAUCAAGUUCUUCUCUUGUUCUGUCUAUCUCUGAUCGUUGUAACGUUUUCAUUUUGAGAUAUAGUUUGUCUCGCAGCCCCGAGUUCACUGUUGCUAUAGCGCGUAUGCAAAUCACCAGAGUCUCCAAGUGUGAAACUAAACGGCAAACCUGUCUGUCUGCAUCUAUCAUUGUUUCUAUUUCUAUUUUCUAUGUCUAGCUCUAUCUCUCUUUCUAUCUUAGGCUACAAAUAUGGAGUCGAACGUACGAGUUCUCCAUUGCCUUAUGACAAUCACUGAAGCAACAGUGGAAGGCCGGAUUUAGGUCCACUUUCAUCCAUUUGGUUCUAUAUUUACAAUGGGAUAUUUUGUUUGGUGGGAAAGAAGCCCUAUUAAAAAACAAAAACUAAGGAGAGUCUUCUUGUACACAGCCUCCAAGUCUUCACAACCCUAUACAAGCCCCAAUUCAACCCACUUUCGAAUUUCACUCGCGAAGUGGCCAUUCCAAAUCCUCCCCUCAACGGACUAAUCUUCGGAUUCGGCGCUUCGGAAAAUCUUUAAUUUCACUAAAUGGAAAAAAAUUUUCUACCUAGUUGUAAGUAUCAAUAUGUAAUGAGAUAAGAAAUGUUAUUUUCAUUUUUAGAUGAUAAAAAUAAAUGUUUUUU